AUCCACCGGUUCUAUAUUGUUCAAAUACAACAUAAGCUUUUAACAAUUUUUUAACAACUUGUCACCACCACAUUUAGCAAUAAUUCAAUAGUUAAAAAUCUAUAUUACAAAUUUCGACCCACUUAUUGUUAACGUGAGAGGUGAUAAUGGCGAAGCAUCAUCCGGAUUUGAUUUUCUGCAGGAAGCAACCUGGUGUUGCGAUUGGACGACUGUGUGAGAAAUGUGACGGAAAAUGUGUGAUUUGCGACUCUUACGUGAAGCCGUGCACAUUGGUCAGGAUCUGCGACGAGUGUAACUACGGCUCGUACCAGGGUCGCUGCGUUAUUUGCGGAGGACCAGGAGUUUCAGACGCCUACUACUGCAAGGAGUGCACCAUCCAGGAGAAAGAUAGAGAUGGAUGCCCAAAAAUUGUUAACUUGGGAAGUUCCAAAACCGACUUGUUCUACGAGCGAAAAAAAUAUGGAUUCAAGAAGAGAUGAGCUACCAGUACCAGUAUCUGGUCAGAAGCGCAUUUUCUUAAUUUGUGUAUCGUAUAUCAGCAUCUCAAAAUAUUCCUUGUAUAACACUUUUCUACUCGAAUUUCUGUCAUGUGUGCAGUCUAUAUAAUGCCAGAAAUUUUGUUGUUAUAAGAAAUUUCUAGCAUUUGAAUAAUUUCAUUUUGUAUUUCCCAAUAAAUGUAAAUGUUUCAUAGUACUUACGACUAAAUAAUUAAGUAAACACAUUUAAUUGCAAAGUGUUAUCCGAACACUCAAGCGUAAAAGAAAAAUUACAUGAAAAAAUAAUUAUUGUGAUUGUUAGAUGAGUUGAAUUAGCCCUGAGGAAGGCAAUGUGUAUUUGUUGAAAGCUUGGUGAAGCAAAAUUAAACUGUAAAGCCUAUCAAAAAGCCCUUCUAGACUAUUUCAAAAGAUUUUUAUCAAUACCGAGAGGAUGAAAAGAAGCCAUAAGUACCUAGUUAUUUGUCAACAAGCGUAUAGGCGUAUGCUAUUAUAAAAUUUAUACAUAGAUAUCUGGACUUCAGUUCACGUAAUGGUUAAAAGUGUUCAAAUCUUAAAAGGAAUCAUAUAUAAGUAAUUAUUACUAUUGUGCAUUGGCCAUCUAUGUAAAUAAAUACUCUCAAACUCGA